AUGCCGAGUGGAUGGGACAUUAUUUGUGACCUUGGUAGUCGAAAUUUAGAUGAUGGUCGGCCAGAUUUAGAUAAUCCACAGCCACCGAGAUCUUUUUGCGAAUAUAGUUCAGUAAUUCUCCACCAAGGAUUUAUCUUUACUCGACCUUUAACAGCAACUGGAGUUUUACUACAUAUAAAUGAAGAAAACAAAGAAGAAGUGUUUUUUCAUCAGAUGACAAUCGACAGAGUUGAAGACGGAUUAUACAUCCUCCAGAACACUCAAUUCUCCACAGAAUCACCGAAAGCUCACGAAACACCAACUGUUAAAAUUCCACUUUUUGAUCCCUACUACGUGAACGCCGAAGACUUCUGGCAUCAUUAUCAAAUGAAUGGAAGAGCAAUUUUGAUCGAAGAUGACUAUACAAUUGAAAUUGUCAAUGAAAGGCACCCUGACAUGAAAACAGGAAGAUGGUAUCUUUGUCCGGAAGCCUAUUCUCUUGAGCUCAUUGAAGAAUUAACCGAAGAAAGUCGGAUUUAUUUGUAA